AUGAAGCUUCAAACCGCUCUCGCCCUCCUCUUUGCCUCCGUGGCCAUUGCAGUUCCAGGCCAGGGCCAAGCGGGUAGCAAUGUGCUUGCCCGCAACCCUCAGAGGGGUCCUGUGCGCCCAUCUGGAAACUGCUGCUCGUACAUCCCCGGCACAUGCAAUUGCGGUUGCUGCUCAGGUGGUCCUUGCGCCACCAACGACGAUCCCAAUGCUACCUGCCCUUAG